AUGGUUGGGAUGGAAUUCGUGAUGCUACUCAACACGGCGCUAUUUGUCUUCAACCUGGCUAUGAUAGUGACGAAAUAGUUGGUUCUGAAGAUUGUUUAUUCUUGAAUGUUUUUGUUCCAAACAACAAUUUCAACAACGAAAAACUUCCCGUUAUGAUUUACAUUCACGGAGGUGCUUUUCACGGAGGAUCGGGCAACGAAGAUAAGCAAAAUCCUGAAUUCUUGCUUGGCGAAGACGUCAUUGUUGUACAAAUCAAUUAUCGUUUGAGCUUUUUGGGAUUCUUCUCAACAGCAGAUCGAAGUGCUCCGGGAAAUUAUGGAUUAAAAGACUCUUUGGAAGCACUGAGAUGGGUUCAAAGUAACAUUGAAGCUUUUGGCGGCGAUAAAGACAAAGUUACGGUCUUCGGGGAAUCAGCAGGAGGAAUGAUAAUAAAUUACCUUAAAUUAUCUCCUUUGUCAAAAGGACUUUUUCAUCGAGCUAUAACCGAAUCUGGUUCAAUUAUGGGAUCAGCACUUAGUUUUCAAUCGUAUCCAAGAACUUACGCUUUUCAAAUUGCAAAGGAAAUGAACAUUACAUUCGAAAAUUCUGAAGAUUUAGUUCGACAAUUGAUGGAAAUCGAAGAUGCUCGUAUCUUUGUGAAAUAUUCUCCUGAAUGGAUUCGAGAUUUUCAAAUUCCAAUGGGAAAGACAGGAUUAGUUUUUGCUCCAUCUGUCGAACCAGAAGAUUCUGACGAACCACGUGUGCUUCCCGAUACUCCAUUGAACUUGUAUUUGAAAGGAGAUUUCUUGGAUAUUCCGCAUAUCAUCAUGUUGAUGAGUGAAGAGCAUUUAAUGAGCGCCCGUCAACUUGAGGAAUUCCCUGAAUUAUUUGAACACAUCGAACAAAAUCAAGAAGUAUUGUUACCUUUAACGUGGAAUAUUCGUCCCAAUACACUUGAAGCUGACGAGUAUCUAAGAACGAUUAACGCUUUAUACUUCAAUAACGAACCAAUCAAAAACAUUUACGAUUAUCUUCACUUCGCUUCUGAUAGUUUAUGGAAUUUUGGAUCUUACAAAGCAGCACGACUACAAGUUACGCGUCAAAAAUCGCCUGUAUAUUUUGCUGUAUUUUCAUUCUCAGGUGACUUGAGUUAUUUCAAAAUUUCGGGAGGAUUGAAAGAUUUUAUUGGAGCAGGACAUGCUGAUGAUUUGCCAUACAUAUUUACGACCGAAUACUUCCCAAAGGUAACUGAAGAUAAUCCAUCGUACAAAGUUCGAGCACGAACGGUUAAAAUUUGGACUAAUUUUGCAAAAUAUGGAGAUCCAACACCCGUUUUGGAUGAAUUAGUAAAUGUCAAAUGGGAGCCUAUGCGAGAUGGAUUCUUCUCGUUCAUGAAUAUGUCAACUGAAAUGCAUCUUGAAAGAGAUCCCUUUGGAGAUCGCAUGAAAGUGUGGUAUGAAAUGGAUCGAAGAUUUAAUUAAUUUCGUUUCAUAUAUCUUCAUAAAGAUUCAAAUAAAUUUGAAAAGGUUCAAAUUAAAAUA